GCCCCGCCCCAGGUCCUCCUCCUCCACGGCUUACCCGGGCUCCGACAGCGGCUGUAGCUCUCCGAGUUGCGGCCGCAGGAGCCGGAGCCAUGCGGACAGUAGACCGGGAGGCGCGCCCGGGGCUUCUGCCCCUGCUGCUGCUGCUGCUGGCCGAGGCCGGACUGUCCGCCACCUCGCCCCCAGCAGCACCGCGCUUCAACGUGAGCCUGGAUGCGGCCCCGGAGCUGCGCUGGCUGCCGGUGCUGCCGCACUACGACUUGGACUUGGUACGCGCAGCGAUGGCGCAAGUCAUCGGGGAUAGAGUCCCCAAGUGGGUGCACGUGUUGAUCGGAAAAGUGGUCCUGGAGCUGGAGCGCUUCCUGCCCCAGCCCUUCACCGGCGAGAUCCGCGGCAUGUGUGACUUCCUGAACGUCAGCCUGGCGGACUGCCUCCUGGUCAACCUGGCCUACGAGUCCUCCGCAUUCUGCACCAGUAUUGUGGCUCAAGACUCCAGAGGCCACAUUUACCAUGGUCGGAAUCUGGAUUAUCCUUUUGGGAAUGUCUUACGCAAGUUGACCGUGGAUGUGCAAUUCUUAAAGAAUGGGCAGAUUGCAUUCACAGGAACUACUUUUAUUGGCUAUGUAGGAUUAUGGACUGGCCAGAGCCCACACAAGUUUACAGUUUCUGGUGAUGAACGAGAUAAAGGCUGGUGGUGGGAGAAUGCUAUCGCUGCCCUGUUUCAGAGACACAUUCCGGUCAGCUGGCUGAUCCGCGCUACCCUGAAUGAGUCAGAAAACUUCGAAGCAGCUGUUGGCAAGUUGGCCAAGACUCCCCUCAUUGCUGAUGCUUAUUACAUUGUUGGUGGCACGUCCCCCCAGGAGGGGGUGGUCAUCACGAGGAACAGAGAUGGCCCAGCAGACAUUUGGCCUCUAGAUCCUUUGAAUGGAGCGUGGUUCCGAGUUGAGACAAAUUACGACCACUGGAAGCCAGCACCCAAGCGAGAUGACCGGAGAACACCUGCCAUCAAGGCCCUUAAUGCUACGGGACAAGCAAACCUCAGCCUGGAGGCACUUUUCCAGUGAGCAAGAACCCAUCAGGUGAUUUUCAGGUCUCUGAACCCAAGCUAAGCCAUCAUAUCCCCUGUGACCUGCACGUAUACAUCCAGAUGGCCUGAAGCAACUGAAGAUCCACAAAAGAAGUGAAAAUAGCCAGUGCCUGCCUUCACUGAUGACAUUCCACCAUUGCGAUUUGUUCCUGCCCCACCCUAAUGGAUCAAUUGACUUUGUGACAAUACACCCUCCCUGCCCUUGUGAUAAUGUACUUUGUAUGAUAUUCCCUCCUCACCCUUGAGAAGUUACUUCAUAAUAUCCUCCCCACCCUUGAGGAUGUACUUUGUAAGAUCCACCCCCUGCUCACAAAAAAUUGCUCCUAACUCCACUGCCUAUCCCAAACCUAUAAGAACUAAUGAUAAUCCCACCACACUUUGCUGACUCCUUUUUUGGACUCAGCCCGCCUCCACCCAGGUGAUUAAAAAACUUUAUUGCUCACACAAAGCCUGUUUGGUGGUCUCUUCACACUGUGACAGUGAUAACAGUGUCAUGUGGUUUAACUACAGUGUGUCCAGAUAUUGAAUUUUGUUUAAGCCUGCUUGGGAUUUGUUGUGCUCCCCAAAUUUCGAAUUUAUGUCUUUUAUUCAAUUUUGGAAAAUAUUCAGCUAUCUCAGAAUUGCUCUCCUA